GACGAUAACACGCAACAUACCUCUGACGGACAGAGAGCCCAACUAACCCCGGCUCGUUUCGACUAGAAAGCAAGAAGCAAGGCGACAGGUCCCAAGCGAGGAAGCCAGCAAGCAUCCAAGCCCGCACACGGCCGUCAAGAUGUCCCUGCGCAUCGUCCCCGCGGCCGCCCACGGCGCGAGCUACAGCGCCACGGCGGGCAACACGUCGGCGCCGUCAGCGCCGGGCGUGCACGACACGCUGCGGCAGGGGCUGAACCCGGCGCCGCUGCCCUCGUCCUCGUCCUCGUCGGCCCCCGCCGCGGCGCCCGUGUCGCGCCACCCGCUCGAGCCGCGGCUGCUCGCGUGGCAGCAGACGCAGGAGGCGCUGCGGCAGACGGCGCUGCGGCGCGCGUUCGGCGUCGCCGAGCCGGUGCGCCGCGCCAUGGAGCUCCAGAUCGUGCGCGGCGGCGACUGGCGCCCCGCCGUGCUGCGCGCCCCCGCCCCCGGCCAGGCCGGCCCGAGCCUCCACGAAGACAUCCUGCGCGGCCGCGAGGCCUACCUCGACUGGGACGACGUCUUCGCCGCCGGCGACGACCUGCGCGACCCCGUCGGCGUCCACGACGAGAUGGAGCGCAAGCUGAGGAUGUGACUGCGCCCCCGGUUCGUGUGUCCUGGUCUGCAGAGCCCGGCCGGCCCGCUGGGCCAUAGACGUGUAGGGUGGAGGAGGACCCGGCGGCCUCCCUCGACGGGGUCUACGCCUCGCGCGGGGUCGGCUGCUCGCCUUUCAAGAUGGGCGUGAGGGUGAUGGAUGGGAGGCAAGACGGAAACAUGCAGCGCUGGGAUGGUAUUUUUUACGUCUAGGUAGACAAACAUGGCCUGUGGUCGGGUAUUUUGCCGUAUCAAGGCAACAUCUCGCGAGGCAAUAGAUCAAUGAUUACAGACUGGCAGACAGUUGUGUUUUCCUCCCCCAUCAGACCAUAGUUGUGGCCAAC